AUAAUAAUAAGAUAAACCACAACACAGAUAUCUAGCAAAAUAUGGUAGUACUCAUUUAAUAAUCAACAUUUACCCAACUGAUUUACAAUGAGAAGAGUAUUUGGACUUUUUCUGUUUUUGGUUUUUAUAUCUUUGGCUUAUGGUAAAGCCUUAGAGCUAAAUCCCGACGAUGAUCACUCUCAAGAACCUCCUGAACCACCAUCGCUAAAAACUUAUGGACUAUACUCAGAACACGAUAUUGAUGACCAUCUGGAACACCUUCACUCUCAGGAACCUGCUCCACCAUCACUAAAACAUGAAACUUAUGGACUAUACUCAGAACACGAUAUUGAUGACCAUCUGGAACACCUUCACUCUCAGGAACCUGCUCCACCAUCACUAAAACAUGAAACUUAUGGACUAGACUCAGAAUACGAUAUUGAUGACCAUCUGGAACACCUUCACACUCAGGAACCUGCUCCACCACCACUAAAACAUGAAACUUAUGACCAAGCCUUAGAACACGACUUCGAUGACCACCUGGAGCAUCAUCACUUUAUGGGACCUGCUGCACCACCAUCAAUAAAACAACAUGAAACUUAUGACCGAGCCUUAGAACACGAUUCCGUUGACAAUCUGGAACAUCAACACUUUCAGGAACCUGCUGGACCACCAUCAAUCAAAUAUGAAGAUUAUGCUCCAGCCUUCGAAUACGAGCCCGAUGAUGAUCUUGAAGAACAUAACUCUCAAGAAUUUCCUGAACCAUCAUGGCUAAAUGAUGAAGCGUACGAUGGAGCUUCAGAACCAGAUGGUGACGAUGAGGAGUAUUAUCACUUCCAAGAAUAUGCUGAACCAAAAUCACUACAUUACGAAACUACUUACGAUAAAUUCUAUUCUGAGCAAUUAUCACUCUUGAAGCAAUUGACUGAUCUAAGGCAUCAUCUUCCGAAUGAGAUCUACAGUAAUGAAUGGCCUGACAAUAAAGACAACGAUAAUAAUGGUAACCUCAUAAUGCAACAUGAUGAAUUUGGUCCGCUUUGGAUGGUCAAACUUUUUGAUAUGGACGAUGACGAUCGCGAUCUUGAUCAUGGAAAACUUAUGUUCAACAUAGACCGAGCCCUCGACUAUAUAUUUUACAAUUGAGUGGGGUAAACAGAAGAUAUUAUAAUAAUGUAUUGAUAUAAUUAUUUUAUAUUUAAAAUUAUCAAAAUAAUAUGAUAUGGAUUAAGCAUAAUGCUUUCUUUAGUUUUUUGUAAUAUUAUCGUAAAUAUAUUUCUUUUUAAAACUAAAA